GCCAUCCUCAAAGAAGCUGGCCUCAAAAUUAUGCUAAUCUCCCCCUCGCAGGUAAUGAAUGCGGAUGCUACACAGGCCGUGGAUGAUGGACUUUCACCUGGUUUUUUCAACGAUGCCCUAGAUGGUGUUAAUUCCUCCGGAACGUAUGGUAACCGUCACCCUGCCUCUUCCCGUCGUCCUCGCCCUCUCGCAUCUUCUUUUGGGAGUGUCAAUACACUCUUUGGUCGCCCUUCAUUGUUUUUCCGCCGGUCUCAAUCCAAUACUGAACCCCAGCAACGCUCAAGGCGAGCCUUAUUGUCUCGUGGGCCUCGUAUCGUCGAAGUGGCUGCAGUAAAGGACAGAGAGGUUAUAUUUACUGUUCUCCCAGAAAGAACACAACAGCAAACCCAAUCGCCCCCCGAGGGGGGGUCAUCCACGACACAACCUGCCCUAGGUGCUAAUUCUACUACAUUACGUCCAAGACAUCCGUAUUCACCCGUCCGAUUGUUGGGUCAUCUCGUGCUUUUUCUCUGCUGCUGCACAUUACCUCAGCACGCUGAUAGAAAUGCACAACCAAUACAGCAGGAAGGCCAACCACAAUGCCAAGUCCAUGCCCAGGCGUCAUCAUCGCAGAGUCAUCCUGCCGCCCCCUCAACGUCCGCGACACCUACUGCUCUUGAUAGUACUCACACUAUCGCGCCAGGUGCAGCAAGUGCAUAG